UACCGCUGCACCCCCAGCACUUCCCCACCAUCCUCAUCAUCACUCCCGCAUCCCAACAGGUCCAGCGAUUGUCUGCGGGAUCGCUCCGCUUCCUCUACUUCACCUGCUUCAACAUGGACUGGCUCAAUUUUCUGCUUUUUGUUGCGAUCACCGCAAGCACAGUGAAAGUUUCUCAUCAAGGACCAAACCAGCGCAGACUUUACAAAGACCUGAUGUCAUCCUACAACCCACUGGAGAGACCAGUCUUCAAUGACUCCCAGAGUCUUACAGUUCACUUUGGCCUCAGCCUCAUGCAGAUAAUGGACGUGGAUGAGAAGAACCAGGUUUUAACAACUAACAUUUGGCUGCAGCUGUACUGGAAUGAUCAUUACCUGCAGUGGAAUCCAUUGGACUAUCCAGGUGUGACCAAUGUGAGAUUUCCUGACCAUCUCAUUUGGAAGCCAGACAUUCUGCUCUACAACAGUGCAGAUGAAAGGUUUGACGCAACGUUCCACACCAACAUUUUGGUCAACUCCUCGGGCUCCUGUUCCUACUUACCUCCAGGGAUCUUCAAGAGCACCUGUUAUAUUGAUGUGCGCUGGUUCCCCUUUGAUGUCCAGAGAUGUGACCUCAAGUUUGGCUCCUGGACAUAUGGAGGCUGGUCUCUAGACUUAAAGAUGUUGGAGGCAGAUGUCACCGGCUACAUCGCCAAUGGAGAGUGGGAUCUUGUUGAGGUUCCAGGACGAAAGAACGAGCGAUUUUAUGAAUGCUGCGAGGAGCCGUAUCCAGAUAUCACCUUCACUGUGGUGAUGCGCAGACGGACCCUCUACUAUGGCCUCAAUCUGCUCAUCCCGUGUGUCCUGAUCUCCACUCUGGCUCUGCUGGUCUUCCUCCUUCCUGCCGACUCUGGGGAAAAGAUCUCACUAGGCAUUACAGUCCUGUUGUCCCUCACCGUUUUCAUGCUGCUGGUUGCAGAGAUAAUGCCUGCCACAUCAGACUCUGUGCCUUUAAUAGCGGAGUACUUUGCUACUACCAUGGUUAUUGUCGGUUUAUCCGUAAUUGCCACUGUGCUGGUCCUUCAGUAUCACCACCAUGACCCCGAUGGAGGCAAGAUGCCAAAAUGGACUCGAGUGAUCCUGCUGAACUGGUGCGCCUGGUUCCUGCGCAUGAAACGUCCAGGUGAGGAUAGAGUGCGGUCAGCCUGUCACAACAAGACUCGACGGAGCAGCCUGACCAGCAUGGACCUCAACGCUAGUAUCUCAGCCUCCCAGUCCAACAAUGGGAACAUGCUCUACGUUGGAGUCCGUGGCCUGGAGAGCAUUCACAGCUCCACAGCUGCCACCUCUCCUGACUCCGGCGUCCUCUGUGGACGACUGCUUGGACGAGUGGGCGAGGAUGAGUUGCUCCUUCCUUCAAAUCAGGGCUCCUCUGCAGGAAACAUGGAAGCAGAGCUCGCCAAGAUCCUUGAUGAGGUGCGUUAUAUUGCCAAACGCUUUCGUGAUCAAGAUGAGGAUGAGACUGUGUGCAACGAGUGGAAGUUUGCUGCCUCUGUCAUUGACAGGCUUUGUCUCAUGGCAUUCUCUCUCUUCACUAUCCUCUGCACCAUUGGGAUCCUUAUGUCAGCACCCAAUUUUGUAGAAGCCAUUUCCAAAGACUUUUUCACUUGAGGCUUUAAUCCAGAAGUUAAAAUCAAUAUGUCAAUGAAGAUAAAACUGAAACCAACCACUUUUCUCAAAAAGUAACCACUGUAAAGUCAUAGUUCUGUGAUAUUAAAACAGUAAAGUCUGCUACUUUGGAGCGUGUAUCUCAGCCAUCAUUUACCUUAAAGUCACCUGUUUUCAUAAGCCAUCGACUUAUGAAAAGACACCCAAGCAUUGUUUAAGUGAUGUAAUUUGCUAACCUACAAGAAUGCAAUUGUGAUUUGCUAUGUGAAGCAUUACUGUUAAUUACCAAGUGUGUAUCCUUGCAGAAAUCUCACAAAAUGUUUUCCACAUAUGAAACAGCUACAGUAUCUUGUAUUGAAAUGUAUAAGUUCUCAAAUAUCCAAAAAUGGAAGUGAUGUUAUUUAACUUUCUAUAUAAACACAAAUUGAGUUUUAAACUCAAAAUUUAUUAAUGUUUCAACUUUGCUUUACUUACUGUUAAUAUAGCAUUUUAUGAUAAUCAGAAUAGUCUGUUUUGUGUUGGUACGUUUUAAUCUGUUUUGUUUUUGCUCUUGUUAACUGUGACAUUUACCAAAUAAAUGUAUGUACUUUUUGAAAAUGA